AUGGCCACCCUCCGUGCGAGUACCAAGGUCAUCGUUGUCGGAGGUGGUGGUACAAUGGGCUCUUCCACUGCACUGCACCUGAUUCGCUCCGGCUAUGCUCCUUCCAACAUCACUGUCCUGGAUGUGUAUCCCAUUCCAUCCGCGCAGUCGGCGGGACAUGACCUUAACAAGAUCAUGAGCAUUCGCCUGCGUAAUGGCCCAGACCUGCAAUUGUCCCUCGAGGCACUGGAUAUGUGGAAGGAUGACCCUUUGUUCAAACCAUUCUUUCAUCAAGUCGGCAUGAUCGACUGCUCCUCAUCAGAAGAUGGAAUUGCCAGUCUUCGACGAAAACACAGGUCACUCAUUGAUGCGAAUAUCGGGCUUGAGAAGACGAACAUCUGGCUGGAUAGCGAGGAAGAGAUCUUGGCAAAAGCACCUCAAUUUACCAGAGAGCAGGUCAAGGGAUGGAAAGGGCUGUUUUGCGGCGAUGGGGGCUGGCUAGCUGCAGCCAAGGCGAUCAAGGCGAUUGGAGAAUUUCUACGUCAACAAGGAGUCAAUUUUGCAUUUGGCGAUGCAGGAAAGUUCAAACGCCCGCUAUUCGCAGCAGAUGGGGUUACCUGCGUCGGUGUGGAGACCGCGGAUGGGACACAAUAUUUCGCCGACAAAUUAGUGUUAGCCGCGGGUGCUUGGAGUCCAACAUUGAUCGAUUUAGAAGGCCAAUGUGUCUCAAAGGCCUGGGUGUUUGCCCAUAUCCAGCUCACGCCCCAAGAAGCAGCAGAAUACAAGAAUGCACCUGUUGUGUAUGAUGGUGAAUAUGGAUUCUUCUUCGAGCCCAAUGAACAUGGAGUGAUCAAAGUCUGCGACGAAUUCCCCGGGUUUUCUCGCUUCAAAGAGCUUCAACCUUACGGAGCUAGUUCUCCAAAGAUGAUCUCUGUUCCACGAUCCCACUCCCAAUAUCCCACAGACACUUAUCCCGAUGCCUCUGAAAAGACGAUUCGAAAAGCCAUAGCAAGAUUCCUUCCCCGAUUCACAAACAAGGAGCUGUUCAACCGCAGCAUGUGCUGGUGCACAGAUACCGCCGAUGCCAACUUGUUGAUCUGUGAACACCCGCGAUGGAAGAACUUGAUCUUGGCCACCGGGGACAGUGGCCAUAGUUUCAAGCUCCUCCCAAACAUUGGCAAGCACAUCGUCGAGUUGCUUGAAGACACACUCGCACAAGACCUGGCGGAGGAGUGGAGAUGGAGACCUGGAGGUGAUGCGCUCAAAUCCCGAAGAGCUGCUCCCGCAAAGGAUCUUGUAGACAUGCCUGGAUGGAACCAUGAUGCCAAGCUAUGA